AAGACAUUAAGGUAUUUUGGUGCCUUUGCAUCUGCUUUUCUACCUAUAAAGUAUGGAAGAACUUGAAAGCACGCACAAUAAUUGCAAAAAGAGGGAACUAGUCUCAAGAUGCAGGAAAAAAAGUUUUUCUUUAGGAAGUCCAACAUGUUUUGGCCUAAUAUAUUAGUAAUGGUAUUCUUCAGGAAGAUUCUAAGGGGUGCUGUAUUGGUCCUCUAAGGUAUGACCCUGUCCUAACAGAAUUAUUGGAAGGCUCCUUAAAAGAAUUACCUUGAGAAAGGCUGGUACUAAUAUUUUGGGUCCAAAUGUAUUGAUUUUCCUGAAGGAUAAAACCAGUUUUACAGCAUCUUGGGGCUAGUUCUCUCUUUCUGGAUGUCUUUGCAGCAUUGCCCCUCUUCUCUAACAGGUUGAAUGCAUGGUAUAUUAGAAUAAAUCAAGUAAAUAAGGCAUAUUCUUUCCAUUAAAAAUAAUGUGUUCUUCUUACUGGCAUUUUAGUUUGUAAACUUAAGUCUAAAUUGGCAUUAGGGGGGACAUAGAGUGAAGCAGCUGAAAAACAAGAGAUGGGUAUGAAAGUAAAUGGCUUUUUCUGUUGGGGAUAAGGAUGUGAGGAAUUAAGCCCGAAGGUUUUGUGGGAGAGAUGAGUUCUGCAAAUAGAAUUAAUAUUUUGUUUAGUUUACACAAUAGGUCACUCAGGAAGUAGCACAGCAUAAUGUCUGAGCCCCUUUUGAACCAGUUCAGGUACUGCUGCUUUUGUGAGCUCAUAGAGUAGCCUUAUGCAAGCUACUUUGCCCCUACACCUUUUUUGCAAUAUUAAAAUAUUCAUAAAGUAACUCUUUGAAUACUUAAAAGCAUUAUAUGAAUGCUAAUAAAUAAUCAUUUUUAUGGUUGCUCUCUGCUUUAUCACACACUUUCUUUAGUGACUAGUAUAUUCUCUGUAUUAAGGGUAAUAUAGGGGACAGUAGUUAGAACUGGUGGUCAAAGGCUUGUUGCUAAGGAUGGCAUAGAAAUGUUUAAAUUAAAUUUAAAUUAAACUGUUACUAAAUCUUUCCAUUGUGAUUUUAAAACUGAAUUUUGAAGCAUAGUCAAAAAUAAAGUCCCAGUAGGAAUAUGCUUAACUCUCUCACCCUUUAGAGUCUAAGGAAAAUGAUUUCUUAGCCCCCAUAAGGCAGCUACUUUGGUGACUUAAUGAUUAUAGUUUUGAAAGAUUGAAUGAAAGUUUUAUCAUCAUAACUGCUUAAAAUCUAUGAGAGACUGUUACAGAUUUUAAAAUAAACAUUCACCUUGUCUGCAGGUUCACAGUCUAAAAUUUUAUGCAGACUGGGAAGCUGCACCUGUGAAUGAUCCCUUACUUUAUAUGGCUUGAAGAACGUUGAAAAGCUGAAGGCAUGAAAGAGUCCCUGUUUUUCAGACAGGGUUUGUGUAAGAUCAGCCUUUUCAUUAUAGAUGCAGACUCACUUUGCAUGCCAUGGCAACAGUUCCUGAGCUGUUCAACCCAGAAAUUGGGGAAACAGGUGGAGCUCACAAGCUAUGCAUAAGCUGUUUCUGCUUCAAAUCUGGAUCCCAAUCCAGACUUUUCAGUUGGACAUGAUGAAAUAAUCCAGGGUCCUGGAUUGUUAAAUAAAGUGGAAAUGGUUUGCAGAUGCUGCUUGUCUCAUAAUUUCCUGUGCUAAACACCCCACAAAUUGCAGUUGUCAUGCAAAUAAGUUAUGCUGUUAUUGCAUAUGGAUGUGCCAGCUGCCCCAAACUGACAUGUGAAAGAGAAGGCUGCCAGACUGAGUUUUGUUACCACUGCAAACAGAUAUGGCACCCAAACCAGACGUGCGACAUGGCCCGCCAACAAAGAGCACAAACUCUGCGGGUACGGACAAAGCAUACCUCAGGCCUCAGUUACGGACAAGAAUCAGGACCAGCAGAUGAUAUCAAGCCAUGUCCACGUUGCAGUGCCUAUAUCAUCAAAAUGAAUGAUGGCAGCUGUAAUCACAUGACCUGUGCUGUUUGUGGCUGUGAGUUCUGCUGGCUCUGCAUGAAGGAAAUCUCUGAUUUGCAUUACCUCAGUCCUUCUGGUUGCACAUUCUGGGGCAAGAAACCAUGGAGUCGUAAAAAGAAGAUUCUUUGGCAGCUUGGAACAUUGAUUGGUGCCCCAGUGGGCAUUUCCCUCAUUGCUGGCAUCGCUAUUCCAGCAAUGGUCAUUGGCAUCCCUGUUUAUGUUGGCAGAAAGAUUCACAGCAGGUAUGAUGGAAAGAAAACUUCCAAGCACAAGAGGAACCUUGCCAUCACUGGUGGUGUAACCUUGUCUGUUAUAGCAUCGCCUGUUAUUGCUGCCGUAAGUGUAGGAAUCGGAGUCCCUAUUAUGCUGGCUUACGUCUAUGGAGUUGUGCCAAUUUCUUUGUGCCGUGGUGGUGGUUGUGGAGUUAGCACAGCCAAUGGAAAAGGAGUUAAAAUCGAGUUUGAUGAAGAUGAUGGACCAAUUACAGUGGCAGAUGCUUGGAGAGCUCUGAAGAACCCCAGCAUUGGAGAGAGCAGCAUUGAAGGUCUUACAAGUGUGCUGAGCACCAGUGGUAGCCCUACCGAUGGACUCAGUGUCAUGCAGGGCAACUACAGUGAGACAGCCAGCUUUGCUGCACUCUCAGGGGGCACCCUGAGUGGUGGAGUGCUUCUGGGUGGGAAAGGAAAGUACAGCAGGCUGGAAGUGCAGGCUGAUGUGCAGAAAGAGAUCUUUCCAAAAGACUCGGUCAGCCUGGGAGCCAUCAGUGACAAUGCCAGCACACGAGCGAUGGCAGGCUCCAUCAUUAGCUCUUACAACCCCCAGGACAGAGAGUGCAACAACAUGGAGAUUCAGGUGGAUAUAGAGACCAAGCCAACCCAUUACCAGCUCGUUAGUGGAAGCAGCACAGAGGAUUCUCUCCAUGUUCACACCCAGAUGGCAGAAAAUGAGGAGGAAGAAGCAGAGGAGGAGCAGGGACAGAUGUGCAACCACCAAAGCUGUGAGCAGAAAGACUGUGUGGCCAGCAAAACCUGGGACAUCACUCUGGCACAGCCGGAAAGCAUCCGCAGUGACUUGGAGAGCUCGGACAGUCAGUCGGAUGACGUGCCCGACAUUACCUCGGAUGAAUGUGACUCCUCCUGUCCCCAGACUGCUGCCUGCCUGCAUCCUUCCAAUGCCAGAGGUGCUGAGAGCCCAAGUGCCCGUAUUGGCCAGUGUGCCCAAGCAGAAGGACACCGGCCCGAGGAAAUAGUCUCUGUGCUAGAGUGCAUCGAGGCCCGAGUAUGAGGCUGUUUCCUCCUGAGAAGCACACUGAUUGCUACUGCCUCUACUGUGGUGAGGGCAUUAUGUCCUUGUUGGCUUUUGUUUCUCAUUCCCCAGACUGCUGCCCUAACCUGCUUCUGGGGAAACGGCAUUUCUUACAUGAUGGUAAAAACCUUGAUCUUUUUUUUUUUUUAAUUUAUUGGUUCAAACGCUUGGUGAUGCUCUGUGAGUUGUGUAAGAGUGUACAUAAACGUGUGCGUGUACAUCGUAUGUCUGCCAAACAUACGCCUAAAGAAAGCCUUUAAUAAAGAUUUCUGUUACCAUUCAAA